AUACGCUUGGGCUUAGUACAACCACCGGAACCCAAAUUGCGCAUAUCCAAUCUAAUGCGUGUUUUGGGCACUGAAGCUGUACAAGAUCCAACCAAAAUCGAAGACCAUGUAAGGGGACAAAUGGCCAAGAGGCAAAAGGCCCAUGAAGAUGCCAACAAUGAUAGAAAGUUGACAGCUGAACAGAAGAGCGAAAAAAAAGUACGCAAAAUUAAAGAAGACACAUCUUGCGGUGUCCAUGUUAGUGUUUAUCGCAUAAGAGAUCUGCAGGAUAAUGCCAGCAAAAAGUUUAAAGUUGAAACAAAUGCCAAACAUCUGCACAUGACCGGCACAGUGGUAUUGUUUCGUGAUUGCUGUGUUGUGGUUGUUGAAGGCGGGCCCAAGCAACAGAAGAAAUAUCGACGUUUUAUGUUGCAUCGCAUCAAGUGGGAGGAGGAUAUGGUUAAGGGUCCCGAUGGCCAAGAAGUUCCUAAUUCCUGUGUGCUAGUAUAUGAGGGCACUAGUCAACGGCGACACUUUGGCGAAAUCAAAUUUAAAAUUUUUCCCAUGGAAAAAAUGGCCAGAGAAUUCUUUCAGAAGCAUCAGGUCGAGCAGUACUGGGAUCUAUCAUACUCGGGUGCUGUUUUGGAAGCUUCCACAGAUGAAUAAGUGUUGAUAUGAUAUUUCUAAAAUCGAUAUUCUUUGUAUUUAGGUCUAUAUUCAGGAAAAAAAUGUUUUCUUUACAAAAAUUAAAAAAAUAAAAUCGUUGAUUUCUGGAAAAUCUA